UAUCUAGCUAGUUUCCAGUUUCCACAAUGGGCAAAACCUCUAGUUCAUCCUCGUCAUCGAUUAGCAGUAACAGCAAGGACCCAGCUUUCUCAACCGCAUCUUCUCUCAAACACCUUCCUACAGAUCUAAGUCUUGGACUCAGCAUUUCACCGAUCCCACAUCUCUACCCUUGUAUUUCAAGGGGGGCACCUUCGGAUAAUAGGCCGCUGGUAAGCAGUUCACGUGCGGCUGAAGUAAAUGAUUGCAGCCUCUUUGUAAAGGUGUACAUGGAAGGGAUUCUAAUAGGCAGAAAACUAGAUCUAUUAGCUCAAGAUGGCUACCACGAGUUAAUAAAGACGCUCGAGCACAUGUUUGACACCACUAUUGUCUUGGGCUCUGAGAUGGAGGAAGUACUUCAACCUGCAGAGAGACGAUGGCAUGUGCUAACCUAUGAAGACGACGAAGGGGACUUGAUCAUGGUUGGAGAUAUCCCUUGGGAGAUGUUCUUAUCCACCGUAAAGAGAUUGAGGAUCACCAGAAUAGAUGCAUUCGGGUGUUAAAUGCGCGUAUGAUUAUCAUGUAUGUAUGUAUGUAUAUUAAUUGACCGCGAUGGACGAAGCAUUUUUUUCCAGCGUGCUGUUCUGCUGUAAUUCCCAUUUUUAUUUUCAUCCUAUGAUUGUGACUAUGUACUAGUGAUCGCUGAUCGCAUCAUAUUGAAGUUGUGCGAGUGGUUACAAUUUUGAAAGUUAGAUUAGUACGAAACAGGUUCAACCCCGAGCC